UCCACAGCUCGGGUGGAGCGGGGCAGCCGCUUCCCGCCCCGGGCGAGAAGAGAGGCAGCGGCCAACUACGGGGCCGGGACUUGCGAGACCCGCAACCGGUGCGAAUGACCCCUCGCGGGCUGCGGGAGACUGCGGGCUGGGACGGAUCCAUGAACAACAGGUGAGCCCUCUGCUGAGGGAAGGAACAGUCUGUGCUCCCAGGUCAGGGAAACAUGUCCCGUCGGAAACAGACCACUCCUAACAAAGUUCACUGGGAGCAAGUCUUUGCAGGGCUGGAGGAGCAAGCCCGACAAGCCAUGAUGAAAACCAACUUUCCUGGAGCUCUUGGUGACCAAAGGCCAGCCAUUUGUCAACUGCAAGACCCUGACUCCAGCAGCAGUGACAGUGAUGAUGAGGAAACCACACAGGAUGAAGUUUCUUCACAUACCUCUGAGGAGGAUGGCUCAGUGGUGAAAGUAAAGAAAGAGUUAGAGAAUGCCGAACAACCUGUGGCUGGUGCCCCACUGAUGGGAGAAAAUGAGGUGCCUGAGAGUUUGAAUGCUGAUCCUAUGCUGGGACUGUCACAGUGCCCCCUCUGCCAUCUGGAGUGUGGAGGCAGAGAGCAGCUCAUCACUCAUGUGUACCAGCACAGUGCGGCAGUGGUGAGCGCCAAGAGCUACAUGUGCCCUGUAUGCGGCAGAGCCCUCAGCUCACCAGGAUCCCUCGGGCGACAUCUCCUGAUCCACUCAGAGGACCAGCUGUCCAACUGUGCUGUGUGUGGGGCACGCUUCACCAGCCACGCCACGUUCAACAGUGCAAAGCUGCCGGAGAUGCUCAACGCUGACCGACUGCCAGCUCCACAGAGCCAGGGCCCCUCCAGUGCUGAAGGGAAGGACGUUGCCUUUCACCCCACUGUGUACCCUGCAGCCAUCCUGCUGGUGUGCAACAACUGCGCAGCAUACCGCAGGCUGCUGGAGGCGCAGGCGCCCGGUGUGCGCAAGUGGGCUCUGCGGCGGCAGAACGAGCCCCUGGAGGUGCGGCUGCAGCGGCUGGAGCGUGAGCGCACGGCCAAGAAGAGCCGGCGGGACAACGAGACGCCUGAAGAGCGGGAAGUGAGACGCAUGCGGGAUCGGGAAGCCAAGCGCCUGCAGCGCAUGCAGGAGACGGAUGAGCAGCGGGCACGGCGGCUGCAGAGGGACCGGGAAGCCAUGAGACUGAAACGCGCCAAUGAGACCCCAGAGAAACGCCAGGCCCGGCUCAUCCGGGAGCGUGAGGCCAAGAGGCUCAAGCGGCGCCUGGAGAAAAUGGACAUGAUGCUCCGGGCACAGUUUGGCCAAGACCCCUCUGCCAUGGCUGCUUUGGCAGCUGAAAUGAACUUCUUCCAGCUACCAGUGAGCAGUGUGGAGCUGGAGAGCCAGCUGCUGGGCAAAAUGACCUUUGAGGAGCAGAGCAACAGUGCGCUGCAUUAAGCUACAGCCAAGGACCAUGCCACUUCUGCUGUAUGGGCACACAUUGGUAGCUUCUCCUCUCAGGAGACUGCUGUGUGUCCCUGACUAACGCCCUGACAGACAGUUCUGGCUUUCUCCUGAGCACAGGAGGGGAACAGCUGAGGGGUGCCUGCCAACGUAUCCCUGGUUGAAGCAGAUUCUGAGGAUACACUCUGCUCUGCAGACCAAGUCACUGCUUGUGAACAGAAGGAAAAUAAAUUAAUGCUCAUGUUUA